AUGUCGAACAUUCCUAGUUGCCAAUCGCCACAGUCAUCAAUGACUCCUUCCAUUUUUAACCUCCCUGAGGAGCUGAUCCUUGAACUCGGCAAAUACCUCUAUGGCAAAAGCUUGCUGGCUUUUGCUAUAACCUCUAAGCACGUUCAGAGAAUUAUUGCUCCGUUGCUAGAGGAUGAAAAGAAUGAGGUUGUUCGCGUCUGGGACAGAACGGAAGAGGGUGUGCCCUUCCUCAAAACCGUUCGAGUGAGUCACGACAAGCUGCCGAAAUUCUGGUCAAAGUACAGCGAGCUGCUUCUGGCGUGUGAAGAGGAAACCAUCGCAAAGGUGCAGACGCUUCUGAAAGACAAACGAGUGCUUCAUGUACUCAACGACGAGAAGCUGCCCAACGUCCAUGAGGGGAUGUAUGGCCUCUUGGAGGCCGCGGGCGGUAGCAUUGAGAUUAUUAACCUCCUCAAAGAUACCGAGGCCGAGCUCGAAUACCUUAAUGUCAUACGCUUUGCCUACCUUGCAGCUGCCGGAAAACUCGACAAAGACCGAUUUCGUGAGCAACUACUCCUUCUUACUGGGAAAGACUCUAUCCUGGAUCUGAAAGAGGAAGCAACUUUGUGGAACACGCUUUAUUACGCACUUCUGUUCCGUGCUCCGCCUCCCGCUAUCGACUUGCUGAUUAGUGGUGGACUGUCCUUUAAUAAUCUGGAUAUAGAAGGGUUUGGUCCAUUAGAGUGUGCAUUCGGCUUUGUUCAACACGACAACUACGAAACGGAACAGACGGAAUUGGAGUACCUCCGCUGGUUACUGUCUAAACCCGAGCUUCAAGGGCCAGUCGACGCCAGUGGGCGUUCCGCGGUUCACUACGCUGCGCUCAUGAACCAUCUCGCAGGGUUGAAACUGCUGUUGACCGAAUUAAAGGCUGGCGUCGAUGCUCCCGAUCGUCAUGGAAUCACCCCGUUGCUUGCAGCUAUUGAGCAUGAAGUUUCCAGUCGCGGUCCCGAAGCCACAUGGGAACCAGGUUGCAAGAUUGAAACAAUUGAGAUCUUACUUGGAGCCGGAGCAUCUGUUGCAAGGGUGCUGCAGGUGGGUGGCAGAGAUAUAACACCCCUUGACCUCGCUUUGACCAUGGAACAUCCGUGCCUGCGAUUGAUUGUUGACGCGUGGCUGUCGGAGGCCGGUUAUCAGACGAAUCCCAACGGGCUUCUGGUGGCCGCGGCUCAUCUGGGAGACCUCGAGCUAAUGGAAACUGUUUGGCCACUCUGCGACACGCCGGAUGAAGGGCUUCACCGAUACGACCCAGAAGUCGCCAUCAUCCAUGCUGCCCGCAAGAAACACUCCAACUGUGUUGCUUUUCUCCUCGGCCACCUCCCGAGACUUUAUGCCGUGUACCGCACUCCGGACCUCGGCGGGGUCACUGCGCUAGAGUUUGCUCUCAGCUGUUCAGAUCUAACAGAUGAGGAUAUUAGAAAGCUUGUGUAUGCAACACCAAGCGUCGCGAUCACGGCGCGGACCCUUCUGGAGGCAGUACCGAACCGGUCGUCUAGCGUCGUGACUCUCGUCUAUAAGGCCAUGCAUCCUCCCCACCGCGAAGAAGCCCUGAGACAUAAAGCACUGGUCCUGGCUGCAGAGCUAGGUAAGCGUGGAGCUUGCCGCGCACUGUUGAAACGCAUGGACUUUGCAAAAGUGAGCCACAGAACUGCUCUCCAAGCCGCUGUCAACGCCUCAAUACCACCAUGUUCCCGCCGCAGCCGGCUGCCUGUUUUCAAACUUCUCAUGGAGCAUAACCUUGAAUUGAUCGAUCCCAAGACGGUCAAUAGGGCAGCACUUAGCGCCGCCCACCUCGGCCAUUCAGAUGUGCUAAAGCACAUUAUUGACACCCAAGCUGAUGUCAUCUGUGAGAGCCAUGCUAAGAUACUGGAAGUAUCGGCCUGUAUAGGCUACUUCGAUAUUAUCGACACCCUUUAUUCCCAGCGGCCAGAGCUCAAGGCCAGGGACAUGCCAUCUUCCCCGUCCUGUCUCCUUCUCCAUGCGGCUGCCGCUGACCAGAGGAAUCUGGUGAGGCACCUUAUAAGAACUCACAAUGCAGAUUUGAACCAUUUCGACGCCCGGGGUAGGACCGCCCUGCAUUAUGCUGCUGCUGCCUGCUUACCAAAGAUGGUCAAGCUGCUCUUGCGGCUGGGCUCAGCGGUCAGUUGCUUGGAUUGCGAAUCGAGCACCCCCUUUUUCCUAGCCGCUACAGCACGUUCUCACCAGUUUGACCCAAUUGACAAGGGCGUUUCCUUGUUCAGAGAGCAUCUGGUCCGCCGGCAGCUGCGGACGAUGCGUAUCCUGCUCGACAAUGGAGCCAAGAUUGAUGCCCCUAUCUUGUCUCAUUGUGUGGCAGACGGCGAGAAGGAGCUGGUCCAGUUCCUUGUCGACAAGAAGGUGGAUAUCCUUGCUAAGAAUGUGGAUGGGACGACUCCUUUGGAAUGGGCCAAGAGUGAUGAGAUCAUUAAACUGCUAUACUCAUACCAUGUUUAACAUGAACCCAAGAGAGAAAAAGAGAGAGAAAAAGGAACCAGAACGGUUGAUGCAAUCUAACUAACUGGUGUGAUAUUUGAUAACUUUCUAUAGCCGUGUUUUCUCUAAUCAGUACAUCAGUCGGUAAAUCUAGCUUUUCGUUAUUCAUUACAAUUCCAGUUAGUCAAGUCAAUACCCAAUAUAGCUCAUCAGUUGUUCUAGCUCUUGCAUGUACC